GCACAUUUAAAACAAGAUUUCUUGUCAAAUUAAUAAUUUGAAAUUAUAUUGUCAUAUAAUUAAGUAAUUAAUUUUAAUUUAGCAAUCGAAGAGAAGACAAUAUUUUAAACUGGCAAAUUAAUUUAAAUUUUAAUCAUGGCUGAAACCAAAAUUAGAAUAGAAUCAAGUCGAAACAACUCUAGUGUGGAAUUGCAAAUAAUUAUAAUAGCAAAGAUAUUCUGGCAAACCUACUAACUCUAGAACUUCCAAAUGAAGUAUACUAAGUAAAAGGAACACUGAACCUGGAAGAAUCAAGCACAACUAUGAGAAAGAAUGGACAUUAAAGAAAUAGUUUGUAUCU